CAAUGUUCUUCAUACUUAUCCAUUGGGAGUUUCAAGAACCUUCCACGACAAUCCCCUUCUUUCCUCCCUCCUCCUCUUCCAAUUAUUCUCCAAUUCCACCCUUUCCCCACUGUUUCCUCUUUAAAAAUCUGCUUCACCCUUGUCUUGUCUUCCCCAUAAAACCAUCCUCUGUUAACCAUUCUUCCAUUUUCUCUCUGCAACCUUCCCAUUUCUCCAACCACAUCACGCCACGCCCAUCUUACGCCGCACCCCACUACACAACCAUGUACCCAAUACUUUCCCAUUGACCCAAUUGAAAUCUUUCGAUUUCAAAGCGUCUUCGUCAAUCUUUCCCCCCUUUUUCCCAUUCUUGAAUCCGUCUUAUAAUCCCAGAGAAAGAGCAAAAUUAGCCAAAACCCACUUGUGAAUUGGAUCUUUCUUCUUUAUUUUCCCAUUGAUUUGUGUGUGUGUGUGUGUGUGUCUCUCUCUCUCUCGUCCUUUGGAUCGAAUUCGUACAAGUUGUCGUACAGCGACAAGUCCUGUUAAUCCAAUCCAACGAGUUCCUGUGGACAGAAAUUCAGGAUCAUCGGUGGUGCAACUGAAGAAACACACUCAAGUUUUCACUCUGUGGUGGAAGUUCUCGGCGAUUUGAGGGUUUUUGUGUAAGUUUUGUUCUUUGGUUUUCUAGGAAUCAUGUUGGUUAUGAAUGCGAUGAGCUCUAAGAGACAGAGGCGUCCAAAUGUUAGGCUAGGGGAAAUUGGUGACAUCUCUGCAGCUUGGGCCUGUGGGUUUUCACAUAGCACAAGAGAAAAGUUAGCUCAUAAGGAGUGGAAACAUGAUUUAGUUCAGACUGUGGGUGAUGAAGAUAAUAACCCCAUCGUUUUUGGAGAAUUGGAGCCAUCAUCUCCCAAGCUUAUAGUCUCUGAGUUGGGUAUGUCUCCACAAAUUUCAACAGAAUUGCAGCAGAAUGAAGAGAACAAAAAUAACCCCAAUUCUUCAGAACUCCCCUUGGAAUGCCCAACUUCAGUUGAGUUAAUUGAUAUGACCAAAUCCAGACUGAAGUUUAGUGACGUGACUAGGAAAUGUAGAGAUAAGAAGCGUCGGGGACGUAGUAAAAACGUUGGUUAUGCCAUUCUUGGUGGCAGUUGGAGCUCGAAACAUAGCUCGGACGAUUGCUCAAUGAAUGAGAAAGAAUGUGAGGGGACAGGUAAUUCUGCUAAUGGUUUUGGUGACUCCUCUGAUCACCAGACACCAACUACUAGUAAAGAGGAAUGCGGCAUCGAUCAACCAAUGCGUCAAGAGUGUGAGAUAAACAAUGGUGCACAAUUCACUGGUGAGAAGGCCCGACGUCAAUCUGGCAAUGUGCAGGAUAAAAUGAGAUUAGAAGAUGAUGAUACGAAUGCUGUUGGUAAAUGGUUAGAGGAGGUUGGAUUUGGCAAGUAUGCUGGUGUGUUUGAGAUGCAUGAGGUGGAUGAGGAGGCUUUGCCACUGCUGACUAUUGAAGAUCUUAAAGAGAUUGGUAUAUUCUCUGUUGGGUCUCGGAGGAAGUUGUAUAAUGCAAUCCAACAGUUAAGAGGAGGAGGGGAAGAAGAAGCUGUCUGAAAGCUUAGAAAGCGAAAUGCGCAGAUAAUCACCAGCGUUCUUUUACAGUUUAUAUUUUGCUUGUGCAGUAAAAAGCAAUGGAUGUACAUAUACGUCUAACAUCUUUUGUGUUGGCUACAUGCCUGAAUACACCAGAACUUCCUUUUGGCAGUAAAUUUGGUGGCUUCAUUUUGAAGAAAAAUGUGUUUUUUAGAACCAUGAGAUGAUGAUGAGAUACUUUUGUUCUUCACUUUGGUGUUA